CGGCUGGUUUUGUGGUCCAGGGCCACAUAUGUAUUUUAUUUCAGCUGUAUUUCAAUGACCAAAAAUUAUUGUGAUUGUUUUCAGUUUCACUUAACAAGUAACAACACUUGUAUAAUAUCAAAAAGUGUUCUUUCGGUUUGGCUUUAUGCUGCUAAUGAUGGAUAUACACAUUGAUUUGAUUUAUAAAUGAAUUUCACUUAAUUGCAAUCCAUGCAAUUUGUAACUAUAUCUUAAGUAUUUUCAUAUAUGCUGUAUGGCUGUUUGUACAAUCCCAUUGUAAUAUAAUAUUUCGUAUCCCGCACCCACAUCAAAACAUUCUGAUUUGUUUACCGGCCAUUUUCACAUUCUCGCUUAGACUAGAAACCUCAGGAAUAAUAGUGUUAGUGUUUCCAUCCUCUCAGUGGUACCGAGCAGCACCGCCGGCAUGACAAAGAGCCCAAUUCUCCCCAGCGAGGGCUCUCAGAGAGGGGGCAGGCUGAAUGAACAGCCUCUACAACACCACAUGGGCGUAAAAUAUGGCUGCUGCAUAAAAAGAGGACAGGGAGUGAGACAGUAUGUCAUGCACCCUUACAAUAAACUGUCUGUUUGUGGGCACGAUGAGAUGAGAGAAAGAGAGAAAGGGAUUGUUAUAGCUUUUUGAGAUGAUAGAGAUAUGCAAGGAUCUGUCAGAUGGGAGGUUGAAUGCUACAGAAAAUCACUGGUCAAAUCUAUCCCUACUGCAGCAGUCUUCAUCCAUUCCCUGCCUUCUCUGCCUUCUGCAUUUCAGAAAAAAAUGGCUUUCAAGCAGUUUGAUAGAUCACAGCGAGAUUUUCAACUCUUCAGACAGACUCUAGAAUUUGAUUUUGUGCCGUUUAACCUCACUCUUGUUCAGAAGAUUGCUCACUGCCAUUUGGAGAGGAUAUUUGGAGGAUGAUUUUUUUUUUGCUGGUGGAAAAUCUUGAUGAGACUUCACUUAAUGCACUUAUUUGUGCAAUAAGGUCCAGCUCCUGAGAUCCACAGAUCUUGGCCGCCACAGUUUGCUUUACAUAAAAGAGAUUGGACAUGGCUGGUUUGGCAAGGUAAGUCUAGUUGGUCUUUUGUUCAUUGUAUAUUUGUUCUGAAUGUGCACCUCGCAGACAUGGACGCCCUAAGCGCGUGUACUGCUACGGAUCAAAGGUUUAGCUCGGUUUAGCUCUGCAAUUUAGUCCCAAGGAUGUAAAAAUAUCUUUUAUGCUGCCUUACCUUUGCAGUGUCACAGUAAUACUCAAGCUUUGAUGUAGGACUUGUGUCUUGACUGUUCCCUGCGAGAAUUUCUGUGUAGCAGUGAAUUACAGAAGCACUUUAAUAUUUUAUAGGAAUUAUUGUGCCUCUUUCAUUCUCAUUCUUUUCUCUUUCUCUCUACUUCUUUGUCUUUUUGUAACACACAUACAUAAACAUACACACACACUACCCCAACUUUCCAUUGAAUGGGUAUGUCCAUCUGUAUGUCUGUGUCUCUGUGGCUGCAUGUUUACCGAUGUCUCAUCUGGUUUUGUGUUGUUUCGUCUUUCUGCAUUUCCUUUUGAGCAACUUUUCGCAUGAUUCCUGGACUUGAUUUAAAUCUUUUUGCGUUUGUUUGCGUUUGGAAUAUCUGUCUUCAAUUUCCUUCCUUCCUUCCUUCCUUCCUGUGUGCCCAUUUCCUUCUUGUGCACAUCUUUUUGUGUUUAUCUGUGUCACCCUGUCCAUAAUUGUGUGUGUUGUCCAUUUCCCCUCUGUUCAUACCUGUAUGUGUGUUUCUGUUGUCUUUCCCUUGUGUGUUUGUGUAUAUGUGUGUCUGUGGGGUGUCGUUCGCAGGUAUUGUUGGGGGAGGUUCACUCUGGUCUCAGCAGUACCCAGGCGGUGGUGAAGGAACUGAAGGCCAGUGCCAGUGUGCAGGACCAGAUGCAUUUCCUGGAAGAGGCUCGGCCAUACCGGUCUCUCCAGCAUCCAGCUCUAGUGCAAUGCCUCGCUCAGUGCACAGAGGUCACACCCUACUUAGUGGUCAUGGAGUUCUGCCCACUGGGUGAUGUUAAAGGUUACCUGCGCAGCUGCCGGGCAGCAGAUUCCAUGACCCCUGACCCCUUACUGCUUCAGAGAAUGGCGUGCGAGAUCACUUCAGGCCUGCUUCACCUUCACAAAAACAACUUCACCCAUAGUGAUCUGGCUUUAAGAAAUUGCCUGCUAACAUCAGACGUAAAUGUCAAGAUUGGAGACUAUGGACUAUCGCACAACAAGUACAAGGAUGACUACUUUGUGACAUCAGACCAGACCUGGAUUCCUUUACGCUGGAUUGCCCCUGAACUGGUGGAUGAGGUUCAUGGUAACUUGCUGGUGGUCGACCAAACCAAGGAAAGCAACAUCUGGUCUCUUGGCGUAACCAUCUGGGAGCUGUUUGAAUUGGGGAAUCAGCCAUACCGCCAUUAUUCAGACCGACAGGUUCUCAGCUAUGCUGUGAAGGACCAACAAUUGAAGCUGCCCAAGCCACUUCUUAAGUACCCUCUUGCUGAUCGCUGGUAUGAAGUAAUGCAGUUCUGUUGGCUUCAGCCUGACCAGAGGCCCAAUGCAGAAGAAGUUCAUCUGCUGCUUAGUUAUCUUUGUGCCAAAGGAGCCAGUGAGGCAGAGGAAGACUUCGAGAGACGCUGGAACUCCAUGAGACCAAACACAAGCCAUGCUAACCUCCAUGGAGCUGGUGCACUUGCAAUCAACAUGCCCCUCUCAUCCACAACUUCCUCAUUCCCCCUACUGGAGCAGUUCCCCACUGGAGACAGCUACCAUUCAGAAUCUGGAGAUGACAUCUUAACAGUUACUGAAACAAGCCAUGGCCUCAACUUUGAGUACAAGUGGGAGCAAGCACAGGCUGAACAGCACUACCAUUCCUCAUCCACAACAGGCACUUUGGGUCAAAGCAAUCCCCACUGUCAGGAGGUCUACUACCCUCCAGGCGGAAUAGUGGGGGGCUGUGCUGUUGAAGGACUCGCCCUAGGGGUUUCUCCUUCAUAUUAUGAGCCCAAACAACUACAUACCCCUGCUGUGGUACCAGUCCUGAGUGCUCAUAGUCCAUCAGUGAGUAAUGAGUACUAUAUCCGCAUCGAGGAGCCAAUACAAAGCAAUAUUGAUAUGAACUUCACCAUGUGUGCUUACAGCCCAGAGUUCGGGGGGAGCAAUGGAAGCUUUCUAACAGGUAGUGGAGACUCUAGGGAGUGUAUGAACUGUCCCCCUGAAGUUAAACCAGACAUUUACUGGUCAGCAGAUGUCCAUAAAAGCAGUGCCUAUGAUUCUGAUACCAGUCCUUCAAUGUCUCUAACUAUGGAGCCUCUUUUGGGACAUGGUAGCCCCCUUAGGGCAUGGGAGUCUGGUCACUAUGUCUCAUACAAAGACAGGGAUGGAGGUUACUACUAUGAACCAUCACCUCCUAAGGUCAUGGAGCACUACCUGAUACGAGACCCAACAGAGCCUCCACAAGAGAGCUGGGGGUCUCGAAGCCUGAGACAGGCACUUGGGGAACUGGAGGAACCUUUAGGCAUCUCACCAUCACUCGGAAGUCCUCCACAAGGCUAUGCUGAUCCUUACUUAGAGAACAUUCAAGGCUCCAUUAUAGGUAAGAAUGUUACAGGAGGAUACUAUGAUAUGAUGGGCUCCUUAAGGAAAACUAUGCCAGGUAGCCACUCAGUUUGUAUUGACAUGGCGUCAGGUGGUGCUAUAUUUGUAGGACGAGAUGACAGCGACUCUGAUGAAGAGGAAGACAUCUUUGUGGAGAGACGAGGAAGAAGCUGGUCCACCAGCAAUCCAGUAAAUACAAAAGCAAGGACUUUGCGUCAGAGGCAGGGGUCUUGUCUCCAGGAUUCGUAUGCAGACUUCCACUACACUAUGCCAAUGACAGACAUUGAAGAUGCGUGGCCAGAAGAGCAGACCCUGCCGUACCAUAUGGCUAAACCUAUUGACUACUUAGAGACAACGGUCAAAAGCACCACUUGCUUGGUGCAUGGAAGACACAUAGCUUCAAACCCUUCACCCGAGUGCAACUCGUAUAUUCAUAUGUGCCAUGAACCCAGAGAGGCUGAAGUAUAUCCUGUACCGUGUUGUCAAGCUUUGAGCAGUUCUCAUUUUGUAGACCCUCUAACAGGAACACUUGUGAGGAACUGCUUCAUGAUCGACUGUAUUCCAGGGAAAACCAUGACAUUGCCCCAAAAAGACCAACAUCUAGGCCAAACGCCUUUAUCUGCUGGACAUAUAGUCUCCAAAAUAGAGUCAUCAAGGGAAGGAGCUAAACAGUUUGACAUUUCAGAGCAAUAUGUGGAUAUUGCGGUAGGGGAAACAAACACGAAACAAGAAAAAGCUUUGCAUCAAGAUGCAUCUCCAGCAGAUCCUAAAACUGAAAUUAUUGCCAUCCCUUCACAGUUGGAAAAAUCCCCAUCAGAGUUACCCAAAUCAGAGCCAGAGUCAGAGUUGAGUAAGACAGCAGACAGCAGUGUGGACCGUGGAUGCUCUAGCAUCAGCCUGGUAGAGAUUGAUGACUGCAGCGAUGAUGACAUCACUGAUGUAACCUCAGGGAUUUUUAGUGAAUUCACAGUAGAAUCAGAAACUGUUGACUAUGCCAAUCCAACAUUUAAGUCAUUACAAAAGCAGGUCGGUACCCCAGACUCCAUGGACUCUAUUGACAUACCUUCUACAGCAUGUUCUAGUGAGACACUCAGCCCUGCCUCCAUCCAUCCAUCAAGCUCUCCAAAGACUGUGGACAGUGGUUAUGACACUGAAAACAAUGAAUCUCCAGAGUUUGUCCUAAAGGAACCCCAUGAGCUACAAGAUUCCAAGGCUUUUAUCCAGCCCUUGGGAAAGGUAACAUCUGGGACUAACUUUGUCAGCGAAGAACAGGAGAUUAAAAGGGCAGAGGAAGAGAACCUAGAGGACAAUGUUAAUACUGUAAUGACCUUAACAACAUCUGAGAGCAAUGAUGGAGAGCUGAAAGCACUGAGUGAUAAAACUCCAUACAGAGAUUUGGCCUACUUCUCUGACUAUGAUGCAGGGAAAGAUAAGGAAAGCGAAGAGGACAUCAGUGAACUUGAAGAACAGAAUGAUGGACCAGAGGAAAUUAUAGAUAAACAGGAGCUACUUUCUUUACAGAAGGAGACAGAUGGAGAUGAAAAGUUUCCAAAGGACUGUGAAAAAUCUCCUGAAAAGGCUGAUGAUGCCACCUCAAACAUUCCAUCAAAGAUAGAUGAAGGUGUGUCUGCUUGCGACACAGUUUUUAGUGUGUCUAUCUCACCUCCUGAUAAUGAAGUGUCUGCCAUAAAUGAUCAUUUUGAUGAUGAUGAUGGAAAUCUUUGUGUAGAUUCAGAUCUUUCUGCAGAACUUGCACCACCCGAGUCUGAAGUAUCGGAUUCAAAUGCUUUGCUUGGUCCCGAUGUAAAGCAAGAGGAAUCUUUCACACAAGUUGGCAUUGAAGAUUCUGAGGGCGACGUUGCAAAGACCAAAACUGAGUCCAUUUCAGAGGUCCUCAUUGAUGAGAAUGAAGAGGCCAUAGUCAAAGGUGUGAGCUAUACUAUUUUGUCUGAAGAGGAAUUAGCAUCUCAGAAGGAAACAGUAGAAAGGAACAGUUCCAUUACUCAUGAGGGGCUGGAAUCCAGGAGUAAGGACUGUAAAGAAGGAGGAUGUAAAAGAAGCUCCAUACGUUCUGGCUCUCCUCCCCCUCCACUAGAAGGUCGGGUAUCUCCCACAGAUGGAGAGGAGGCAGAUGAGGAAGAUGGCGACUCUGAAGACAGCGAUGAGUCCGAUGAGGAGCUGCGCACAUACAGCAUCCAGGAGCAGAGCGAAGAAAGCGAGGAUGAGAUCUUAACUGUUCCUAUUAUUGUGAGUGACUGCAGUGAUUCGCACAAACUCAGAAGCCUACUUAAGAUGCCUACACUGCUCAGUGAUUCACUGUCUGACGAAAUGGAAAGCAAAAAGAAGGUGGUGUCCUUCUUCGACGAUGUCACCGUCUUUCUGUUUGACCAGGAAAGCCCAACUAGAGAGCUGGCAGAUCACAGUUUUCCCUUGGGUGGAGAGUCAAGUAAACCGAGUGCGAAGAGUAAAGUGCAAAACCAGCAGGAAAAAGUCAAUGCCUCUGAUGACUCUUCUGAUGGAAACAUCUCAGAAGAGAGUGCAGGGUUUGAAUGGGAAGAUGAUUUCCCAUUGCUGCCCCUUCCCACAUCUUCCAAGGGGUCUCCUCCGGACAUCACUGCAAAGCCGAGCCUACCGACCAGCAGCACUAAACCUGCGGCACAAGUCUCACGUUUUACCGUUUCUCCAUCCAAUGUGUCACGUUUCUCCAUUACACAUGUCUCAGAUUCAGAUAUGGAUUCUGCAGGAGGGAGCAGUGAAGACGGGGAAAGAGAGUGAAUCAUCAUACUACUGCCACUGACAGACCCUCUUUUUUUUUUUUUUUUUUUUUUUUUUUUUGAUCAAGGAGACCUCAGUAAGAAGAAGGUUUGGAUCUCUUUGGAAGUUUCAGAUUCUCUCAGUGACAGUGCCUCUUAAUGUCAGUAAACACUUCAGAGAAGCCCUUUUGGGCCCAGAAGAAAAAACAUGUGGAAGUGACUAAACAUAUUAAGAAUCACAAACUAAAAUUUGGCAUAUUAUAAAUAAAAAGAGAGUUUGGACGGAUCUGUUUAGUUCAUAUGGACCUACUGAAAACUGACUGUGACUGUUUACAACAUCAGAUACUGUAUUUUUGGAUAGUGUUGAAAAAAGACGCUAAAGGUAUCACUGCAUCAAACAUUGAAUGAGACCAUCUUAGCGAAAUGUAACAAAACUAAACCGAACUGAUUUUUACUGUGAAAUAUCAAUGCAGUGUUGUUUGUCUAGCAAAGGAGGAGUUUUAGAAAGGAGAGGGUAUUUAAGUGUUUUUAUGACUAAAAUGAAGUUCACGACACACAGCUGCCUUGUGUUUGUCACCUGCCUGAGAGUAGCAUUGUGUAAUGGUGACAUGGCAUUCUGAACCCACUUUUAUGAUUUUAUUAAUAAUCAUACUUGGAUUUUUAUUAUCAAAUCUCUUUCUUCAUAAUUUGCUUAGUGUUCUGGAUCAUGUUUAUUUACAUAUUUUCCAGUGCUUCAAUUUAAAUCAAUUUGCACAUGAGGCAAAUGAUUUUGAUAUGUCUUUGCUGUUCAUAGCAGGAAUCAUGUUCCCUUGAGUUUGACUUUGAAUAUCUGCAGCUAAAUCCAUGAAAUAAUAUAUAAAAGUGAUGAUUACCCUUUUAAAGUAUUAAAGUUUUAAGAGUAGACAAUUAGAAAAUCUUCAUAAUACUCAAAAAUAAAUAUCAAACAAUAUAUAAUUGACAACAUAUUAUGUAAUGGGGGAUUUCAAUGAACGUGUAUUUAAUGAUGUAUUUAGGGUGACUACUGGUGAAGAGGAACACUUAAGCUAAAUCAUCAUGUUGCCGUUUGAAUCAUAUAAUUAAAAAAAGACAAACGUGAUUACAAAUGAUCAGAAAGUGUUGCAUUUUACCUGUAUUCACCCUAUUAAAAUGAUGCUGUACAUGCCUGCUAUCUUUUGAGGAUUGAAGCCGGGUUGUAUUAUGAUCAGGGUGUUAAUAAUAUAUAUAAAGAGUGUUAUUUAUUAGCCAACACAUGUUUUAUAUUUCCUUGAACUUUGAAGAACAGAUAAAUGCUUUUUUUGCAUUGCAAGCUGCAAUGCUUAACAGACUGUCAUGCUAAACUAGAUGUUGGACUUUAGAAAUUGACCAGUAGGGACAAUUUAAACUGCUGAACAAAAUGGACAUGAUCUUGUGACUUUUUCUCUGAUAUGGUUGGGAAACAACACAUCGGACGUGAUCAAGGAGGACGAGCCUGCAGAUGUGACUGAGAACAGUGUACAGUGCGGAGGGACUCGAUGCUACCUGCACACUUCUGUGUGUUAAAUCUCGAUUCGCUACUCUCGAUAUGUUCUGUUUGUUUGCCCGUGAAGGCGCUUAUUCUAUGUAACUGUCUAGCUUAGAUUGAACUAGACAACAGUCUGUACUAUUUUUGUAUUUGAUUCAACAAUUUUAAACUACUGAAAGAUCUCAGGAGGUAAAGGACAAGGAAAAAUAUGUGUUUUCUGCCAAAGAAAUGUAUCACAUGAUGUGGCACAAGCUGGAUUGGUGUCCCGUAUGUCAUUCUGAUUCAGAGCGGCAGAUUCACUGAUUUUUUCCUGCGAUAUUUGCCUGUACGAUGGUUUUAAAUUGCAGUAUAAUGUUAAGCGAGAGUGGAUGUAAGUCUGUUCCUCAAAUGUGUCAAACUUAGUGAAAAAAAUAAAAAACUAUUCUGUUUGA